AUGGCAAACAAUUCAAGCUCAAAUCCAAGUGGUGAUAUGAUGAUAAAAUAUGGUUUAUACCUAAAAAUCCAUGCUGCUAAUUUUGGUGACUAUUCAGUUGAUGGAUGUCGUGAAUUUGUGAAGAAGGGUGAUGAUGGAACUAAAGAAGAAUAUAUUUGUGCUAAUUGUGGAUGUUUUAGGAGUUUUCAUCGAAUGAAUAGUCAAUCAUUGUAUCUUCCUCCAAUACUUCGAUCUCGCUUCUUUCACCCACAUGUUAAUCCACAUGGUGGUGGAAAUGCACCAGUUAUUUUUCAUCCUUUCAAUAAUCGAUUUGUGCCAGUUCAGUACAUCAGAAGGCCCGUUUUCUACUAUUAUCCUUGA